AUGGAUUGUCUCGGCCUGCGCUUCACCUGGCUCCACUCGCUCCUCGAUAAUUUCCCUUCGUUGCUGAGUUUUGCUCUGAAGCUGCGCUGUGCGACGGGGCUUUGUCCACGCGACCUGGAAGAUUAUGGCUGCUCCUGCAGAUAUGUGUCCGCUGGAAACCCCGUGGAUCCUCUGGACACCUGCUGUGAGAAUCACAGGCUGUGUUAUCAGGACGCUGCCCCCUGCAGGCAGCCGCUGCCCCCCCUCCCCAUCAACUUCACCUGUUCAGCAGCAAACAGCAGCUGUGACUCUGGUGACGGGUGUGAGCGGACGUUUUGUGAAUGUGACCGCGCUGCCAUCACCUGCAUGACUCAGAGCUCCUACAACUCGACCCUGAGAGGCGUCGCCGAGGCGUCCUGCUCGCCUACAGAUCACACAGAUGUUCUCUCAACAGUAAACGUCUCUGUGAGCUUCUCCAACUCUUCCUUCCUGUCAGCAGAGAUGGACCCGUUACUGAACCGGAGCUACACUGCGGGGGACGGAGACCUCUUCAGCCCCCCGCCGGGCACGCCCCCCCCGCUGACGCCUGCAGAGGAGUUUAAUAAAACAGGUGCAGAGGAGGCAGAAAGGGAAGAGACCACGCACACAAGUCUCCUCUUGAAUGACUCAGUUCUGCUCGUGGACAGACAGACGCUGAGCUUUGGAGCUGGCAACACGGCGACGUCUUCAACACAAACCUCACGCGCUGACGCCCCACCUUCCCAUCGGACUACAACUGCUCUUAGGACUACAACUCCCAGAGAGCCGACUGGUCUGCAUGAGUCCUCUGAGGAAGAUGGUUCGCUCAGCGUCACAACUUCAGCACCACAAAUCAGAUCAUCUGAGGAAGAGGAGGAGGAGGAAGAGGGAACUUCAGAUGAGCGUUCAACGCAACAAUCCACAGGAGGCCGAGUGACCUCCGCCAAACCAAGAUCAGAGAUCAGCACCUCCACCCAGACCCCGGCAGGAACCUCACACACGACGGCUGAAUCUGAAGAGCGGCGGCAGGAGAAGUCUGAAACCGCAGAGGAAGCUCCGUGUGAUGAAGAGGAGCGGGCAGACAGCUCGUUGGAGACAGAUGACUGGCAGGCGUCUCAGAAGAGGACGGUGCCGUUCUUCGCCUGGUCCCUGCUGGAGUCUGUCGGGUUGACUGACAUACAACUACAACCGGACAGCAAAGAAUGCAGCCGCUCCUUCAGGCUGUACGGCAGCGAUGGGCGAGUCCGACGGGAGAUGCCGGCGCUGGGCGAGAUGCUGCACUGCCUGACGGGACGAUGCCCACACGAGUACGAGAUGUACGGCUGCUACUGCGGACAGGAGGGCGGGGGUCACCCUCAGGACCAGCUGGACAGGUGUUGCUUCUUCCAUCACUGCUGCCUGAAGCAGAUCAGCACGUUGGGCUGCAGGUCCGACAGGAAGCUCCACGCUCAGCUGUCCUGUGAGGGGGGGGGACCACGAUGUCAGGGUGUCAGCGUGUGUGACAAGCUGCAGUGUGUGUGUGAUAAGACCACUGCAGAGUGUAUGGCGGCGGCCCACUUUAACCACAGCCUGCCGCUGCAGCGGUGCCGCGGCCCCGGACCCCCCUGCCGCCGGGCAAGCAGACCCCCCAAACCACAGCUUUCUUCUCAGUCCAGCGAGGAGAGCGAGGAGGACGUGGACAUCAGCGAGGACACUGCUCCACCACGCAGAGUCCAGAACAGUGACGAGAGCUCCGACCUGAAGCACGAAGAGAAGAAGAAGAAUCCUCCGGCUGGAUCGUCCAGCAGCUCCACGCAUCCUCCUCUUCCUCCUGAUCCUUCUCCUUCUCCUCUUCCUCCGUCCAAUGAGGAGAGCAGAGCGCCACAGACACACAGCGGGGUUCAAACCCACAACCACAGGCCGAGUGCAGGGCAGAGCCACGGGGCCCGACCAGCAGGGGCCGGGGGGGAAGAGGAAGAGGAGGAAGAGGAGGGAGGAGAAGAAGAGGAGAAAAACUAGAAUGUUUUGCUUUGGGGGAAAAUUGUUAGAAGAUUAUGGUCAGAUAAUUCUGUUCCCAAUAACAUUAGUUGUAAAUUAUAGAAAUAAAUCAAAUGUUUACUUUGAUUUUCAUGUUUUCUUUGCAGAUUUGUGAACAAGAAGUGGAUUUAAUUCUGUUGCAUCGUCCUUCAAAAUAAAAGAGAAAUAAAGACUUCACAGCUCA